AGGAGUUAAAAAGUAUCUCUGUCUCCUUCAUGUACUCUCUGGCCCUACUCCUUUACUAGCAGCACCUGGUCAUUCACACCCCUGCAAGAAACUGCCAUUUCCGUACUUUUUGCUUAGUGCAGGGUGGAGUUUUCUAUUUCCAGGCUGGUCAAAGUAGGCGGGCAGUAUAGAGCAGUCAGUCUUAGAGCUGGGAUGUGCACAAAGAGGACAGGAAGGGGCAGGCACAGGUGUAAGUAGGAGUUAAGUACAUGUGUAUGUGAGACCCCAGCAUGAAGGCAGAGUGCCUGUACAUGAAUGCACAGUUGUUCGUGUGACUGCCUGGAGGCUUAUGUACCACAGCAGUGAACGUGUGUGAGGGCAUCUUUGCUUGAAUUGGGUCUGCUGGUGCUUCAAGAGGACUUGUUAAGGUCCCUUGCAAUCAUGGUGAAAUCUAGAAGAGUGCAGGUGCUCCUGAUUCUGGUAGUUCUGUCCUUCCUUCUGAUCCACUUCCUACCCUGCAGCUACCAUGCCCACAUGGAAGAAAAACCUUCUCCUGUCCACAUCCUCAUUCUCUCCUCCUGGCGGUCAGGAUCCUCCUUCACUGGACAAAUCUUCAGCCAGCACCCCAGUGUCUUCUACCUGAUGGAACCUGCAUGGCAUGUUUGGGUUAAGAUGUACCAGAACAGUGCCAAAGUCUUACACAUGGCAGUGCGGGACUUAGUCAGGUCGGUCUUUCUGUGUGACAUGUCUGUGUUUGACGCGUACAUGUCUAGCCAGAAGAAAAAGUCUGAUUUAUUUCAGUGGGAGACAAGCAGAGCCUUGUGCUCCCCACCUGCCUGUGACUCAUUCAGUCGCAGUGACAUAAUCACUGCAGGCAACUGCAAAACAAUCUGUGGCAAGUACCCAUUCAGCAAGGUGGAGGAAGCUUGUAAAACCUAUAGCCAUGUUGCCAUCAAGGAAGUUCGGUUCUUUGACCUGAAAGUUCUCUAUCCGCUUCUCACUGAUCCAUCCCUGAACCUCAAAAUCAUUCACUUGGUACGUGAUCCUCGGGCUGUGUUCAGGUCCCGAGAGAAUACAAUGGCAGACCUGAAACGUGACAGUAACAUUGUUGUGGGGUCUCAGAAGACAAAGGGAGAAAUGGGACCCUACAACACAAUGCAAGUAAUCUGCAAAAGCCAUGUUGAGAUAUACAAGGCAGGAAGACAGGCUGCUCCAAGCUUCCUGAAAGACCGGUAUCUGCUGGUUCGCUAUGAAGACAUUGUCAGAGACCCGCUAGCAAGGGCUGCUCAGAUGUACAGGUUUGCAGAACUCUAUUUCACACCAGAGCUUCAGAAGUGGGUGCACAACAUCACCCAUGGGAAGGGUCACGGAGCACAGGCCUUUGAUAUUGGGUCAAGAGAUGCACUGAGAGUAUCCCAGGCCUGGAGAAAGACACUUCCUUUCCAGAAAAUAGAAAAAGUGCAAAAUGUGUGCAAAGAUGCAAUGGAUUUGCUGGGCUACCGCCUUGUUCAAUCUGAAGAAGAGCAGAAAAACAUGUCUCUGGAUCUUUUGUUUGCCCAGAACUCCUCUGAGUAUCAAAUUCUGAAGGCAGAAAAGCUGGUCUCUACACCUACUCUCUGAAGGCUGCAGAGUGCUGAACUGUUCACUAGAGCAAAAGAGGAUAGAGGUGCAGGCAGAGAAGUGUAGGAAUGUGUGCAUGGAUGUGCAUGGAUUCAAGGACAAGUGGUACAAGAACCCUGACUACAUUCAGGAGAGCUCUCAGCAGCACAGGGUCACUCUCUAAGACCCCUGGAGAUUCAACCACAAUGUAGGCCAAAGUAAUGCAAAUUUGUUUUCCAAAUUAAUUACGUUUAGGUUGGAGCAUACAGAAUGUUCAAGGAGUAGGACCAGAUAGCAGAAGCUCAAACCCCCUCCACAGACCACAGCUGAAGACUAGGGAAACCACAUAGAGCAACUGUGCUGCAAAGGAAGAGGAAAUAUAAAAGGAAGCUGAAUAAAGAAACCUUUACUUGACAUGCUGCCACGCAGGAUAUGUAGUGCCAGAAAAGACGUGAGGACAACCAGACAUUUGGUUUCUGGAAGGAUGUUGGGAAUUGGGUUGUUUUUUUUGAAUGGUUGAGUUUUCAAGACCAGUUUUCUUUUUGCUUCAUUUGUGUGCCUGAGUAUCCACCCUUGGUGGCAAAAGUAGGGAAAUCUUUGUGUUCACGUAGUGUAUAAUGAGAAAAUGGAAUAAACCAGCUAUUGCUGAAAAUAGUAA